AUGCAGUCUACCAUCAGAGAAGUCAGAGCAAGAGAGAUCCUAGACUCAAGAGGAAACCCUACGGUCGAAGUUGAUCUGCAAACAUCCCUAGGGACUUUCAGAGCCUCUGUGCCUAGCGGAGCUUCAACGGGGGAGUACGAGGCUGUGGAGUUGAGGGAUCAAGAUAGAAAUCGGUUUGGAGGGAAAGGUGUUCUGAAGGCUGUGAAGAAUGUCAACGAAAUCAUUCGACCGGCUCUCGUUGGGGAGCAAGGCUCUUGUCAGAUUCUCAUCGAUGACAAACUCAUGUGA